UACCGUCUCUCGUUUCGUUACCCUUCUGUGGCUCUUUUGUAUUGUUACUAUUUUUUCCCAUUUUUUCCCCUUCCAUCCUCCCUCCGAGCUACAACCAGCUGCACAAUUAAAAAAAAAUGUCUACCAAGUUCGACGCAGAGAAGGCUGAAAAUGCCGCUGAGAUUGAGAUGCAAUUUGCUGUAAAAGCUGUUGAACAUGCUCAAAUUUACUGGAACCUCUUGCAGUUGAGAAAGGGAUCUGAACUUCGUUUAACCAAGUUGGACGACGAAAUUUUUGAAGAUUUGUUGAAGACGAUCCCCGAGUUCAAGAAUCCCGAGUACGCCAAGAGCGUGAACGAAAACGAAAUGAAGAGCGCUAAGGGCAAGGCUGUUUGGCGUCCUUUCAUGAUGCGUUAUGAGAAGAAGAUUGACGACUACAACUUCGGUACUCUUCUUCGUAUAAAAAACACUGACGAGUAUGAGCAAGACACUACAAUUUUCGUUCCUCGUAUCCAAUUUUUGGCUGUUGAGAUUGCUCGUAACAGAUACGGCUUGAACGACUGGGUAUUCGAGCAAAAGUAACUCUAAUAAUUCUCAGUCUUUAAAAUACAAUUUUGUCAUUAAGUCCUGCAAAGAAAAAUUGGGACCGAUUAGACUAUCAUUGACAGUGCGUACCG